CGUGAAUCUGCUCUCUACUUUUCUCCUUUUAUCUUUUUUUCUCCCCUUUGGACUUUGUCUCCAUCGUCGAGCGUUUCUGCUUUCAUAAGCUGCUGCCAUAUGUGCCGCGUUUUCUCAAAUAACUAUAUUCCCCUUUUGGUGCAGAGAGGUCUUGUAAUAAUCGUGUCUUUCUGUCGGAUCCUGCGCCCACUGCUUCUUUCUUCGCCGCUUUCCCUUCUCCUUGUUUUGUUAAGGUUCUGUUGCACUCCGCCGCUUCUCGCCGCGAACACCCUUGGCUUCCUCUCUCUUUCUCGUACGAGUUCUCGCCUAUUUGCAUCAUCGCCAUUCUUCUUCUUGGAGGAUGUUGGGUCGUCGGCGGAAGGGUGGCUUGGAGUCGGCGGCGCAGCCGCGAGAGACGAAGCGCUGGCGCCUGGAGCUGACCGAAGCGAGUUCUCCCCCCGACGCGUCGCAUGCGUCAAACUCCGGUGGCGACCUCCCUGUCUCUGGGGCGCCUCCAGAAAGAAAGUAUUCGUCGCCGGAUCCUCGAAGCGCGAGGCUCUCGGAGGAGAGAGAAGAAGACACACUUGUGCCUGCCUUGACAGAGGAGGAACUUCGUCUGCUGCAGACGGACGAGGAAGUGGAAGGCGAGGCAGACAAGGAGAGUGAAACAAAGAGAGGCCGAGACGACUCAGAGGGGGGAGCAGAGAAAGGUGGAGGCGGCGACAAAGCGCCCAAGAAACGCCGGAGGUUCGCUUGGAUGGAGAGCGACGAUGAAAGCGUUACCGCCAGCAGCAGCGACGAAGAAGAGGACUCUGAAAAAGAAGACCCCACAGGCGCCUCUUCCUCCGAUCCGACACACACCACUUUGCCUCCAACGACAUCUCUGGAAACCUCGCCGUCGCCUCCCGACGCUUCCUCUCCUCCUUCUCCUCCCUCUCCUUCUCCUCCCUCUCCUUCUCCCCCCUCUCCUUCUUCUUCUUCGCCUCCGCCCCCGUCUGCUUCUUCUUCUUCGCCUCCGCCGUCGGCUUCUUCUUCCUCCCCGUCUUCUCCUCAUCCGUCGUCUUCUCUGCCGUCUGCCGCGAAGGAGGGAGAGCAGAACGAUGCCGAUGUAGUCCCCGCGUCGGUCUUCGCCGCCGAUUUGGCUGCCCUGGGUUUGCGCUUUCUGGGGGCGGAGCACGAGGAGCUCUGCGAGCGCAUGCAGCGGUGUGUCACAUGUCUCUUCCUCGGGAACCUCUCCUUCGAGGCGUCCGUCGCAGAAAUCGAGACUUGGGUCAAAGCCCAGACGCUCCUCGAGCCUCUGCGACUCUUUGCCGCGCCUUCCAACGAUCCUGCCUUCGCUCGGGGCGCCGGGGACCACCGCGGCCGAGUUUUUGUGGAGCUCGGCAGCUACGCCAAGGUCCGUCUCGCGGUUCAGAAGCUAAACGGCUUGUAUUUGAGAGGGCGACCUGUUCGCGCUCUCUUUGCCUUCACUGUGAAUGGGAGACCGUGCACCCUGCAGACGGCGAUGCACUUGAAAUUCCUCCGGCAGCAUGUUCUGCAGGAGCUCAUGGGCGUCGAGCGCACUGCGCGAGUCCGAAGCACAGCGGCGAGGAAGAUCGACGGCGGAUGCAACUGGGGUGGAACGUGAUCGUCGGGACCCCCAAGGCCGUCUCCAGGUCUCUCGCGUUUCGCGAGAUUCAAACGAGGCGGCACAGACGCGGAGAGAACUCGCAGAAAGGCGAGAAGAGAAGAAAGAGGAGAAGGAAAAGAAGGAAGCUGCAGGGAAAGAACUGCGGCCUUUUGGCCUUUGUUUUGUGGGGUCGACUGCUGAAACAAGGCGGAAGAAAGGGGAAAAACGAGGGAAAUCGUUUUCAAGCAGAGGACUUCACCUAAGCAGGACUGAAAUCGUUUUCAAGCAGAGGACUUCACCUAAGCAGGACUGAAAUCGUUUUCAAGCAGAGGACUUCGCCUAAGCAGGACUGAAAUCGUUUUCAAGCAGAGGACUGCACCUAAGCAGGACUGAAAUCGUUUUCAAGCAGAGGACUUCGCCUAAGCAGGACUGAAAUCGUUUUCAAGCAGAGGACUGCACCUAAGCAGGACUGAAAUCGUUUUCAAGCAGAGGACUUCACCUAAGCGGGACUGGAAAUAUCUCUCUGAAACGCGUUUUCGCGUGAGGAAACGCUUGGUCGAUGAUGCCAAGGACGCAGUCUGUGUCUCGAGUUUCUGCUGCUCUUCGUUCGUGUUGCUCUCCAGUCUUGUUUGCGUCGGGGGACCUCUGUGCGUGCAUGCGCGAGUCCGAAAGAAAACUUUGCAAGUGUCAAACGCUUCUCUGCUCUCUGGGAUGAAACCUGUUGAUCGAC